AGGCAGCGAGCGAGGGCCGUGACAGUCUCCGACACUAUUCUCGGAGAAGGGAAAAUAGAUUACGGUGCUGCGACGAUUUUGCAAAACGAGGGAGGAGGAAGAGGAGGGAGAGGAAGAAGGGAUUGGAAGAAGCCUCCGACUUUGAAAUCACAGUUUGUCACUAUCUGGGUGCCAGUCUGCAUCAUCGUGCUCCGGAGUUUUCCUCUUGCGUGUCUCUCAGAGGAAGCAGACGCCGUUGCGGCAGUAGGAGAGGAAGUUUUCCAAGGUCGGUUGGAUUUGGUUGCAUGCAGAGGAGACGAAUCAGAUGUUGCGACGUUUGAUGCACUGCAAUUGGGCUGACGAGUGAGCACACAAGGAGGGCUAAUUGAGAGAGCUAGGGAGGAAGUCGAAAACAGUGUGUGAGAGAGUGAGAGGAUCAGAUGAGCUGAGAGUUACUGGGGCAUCUUCCAUCAAAUCAUGCAACGAAGGGGAGGAUCAUGCACGUUGAGUUUUGGUCAAGAUAUUUGGAAGGAUCGUGUAGUUCAACCUGCUAGAAAGAGGAAUAUGGCUUGAGAAGAUGGGGUUUCUAACCACUGAUUUCAUCGUUGCAAAAACCUAAAUCAGUGAGGUACUACUUGUUCCUUACAAAUCAGUUACAUUCAUGCAUUCAGUGAUACGAAGGGGAUUUUUGGAAGGAUCUUGGAGGAGCCUUUUCAGAAACCUGAUAUCAGGCUACCUAAGUACUCUGGAGAAAGAUUCCGAGUUACGGCUCCACUGUCUUCAUAGCUGUCUGCAACGAAACUGAAAGUUAAAGUCAUGCGAAGCUAUUCAUCUGAAAUUGGACCUAUUUCAGGCAGGGAUCCUUAUGCCAAUUAGUGGUCAUAUAUAUGGAAAAUAAAACUAAUCAUUUUACUUCAAAUCAUUUGAUCAGAGGCCAAUUGCUGUGUAUUAUAGAAGACUCAUGCUCAUGUCUCGUGUCUAGUCACACAGACAACCUUUGCGACUGCUACAUGUUCGUAGUUAGUGGUUGAAUUAAUACAAGGUUGAUCUAUUCUCUUCUAUAGUGGGAGUUUUUGCAUUAAGCAUAUUGCAGAUUAUAUUCUUUGCAGGGAUGGGGAGUUUGGACGAAGAAAUUUCAGCCAUGUUACAGAGCAGUCAUGCCAGCUUCUCUGAUGCAUCCCUUGCUGGAGUAAUGGCUACUGAAACCUCCACUAAUCCGGACAUAUUUGUCUCCCUCACUAGCCAUAUCUCGCCUUAUCCCGGAACUUUACCAACAAACUUCCACCAUGGUGGCCUUGCUAGGACCUCAAGUAUGUCCAGUGCAGGUUUGGUAAACAACUCCCGGCUACCCAACCUCAGACCAAGCCAACCUCAUCAGGGCUGGCCGGUUCCAAUGGACGGAGACGAAAAAUGGAUUCUCGACGCAAAGGGCGAAGUCUUGGACAUGCACGCAAAUUCCUCUUUUGGUGCAGUUUGCGACGGCUUCAUGCCGAUCAUGAGCCAGGCCCCUGCCCCUGCCCCUGGACCCCCUGGGGGUGGGCUCCAUCGUUAUCACUCUGCACCGAGCGCUUUCAUGCAAGCUCUGGCGGAUGACGCAUUCUCUCAGAUUCCAUCUUCCCUAGGAAAUUCCACCUUUGAUCCCUUGUUCACUGAGGGUGGGCUGACGUCCAUUUCUGAGCAGAUGGACGUGGAAAGAACGGAUAGUGGCAGUAGUAUGAACGGAUUUGAGCAGUUCCUAUCGCCUGACAGCGAUUUUAGUCGAAGAGCUGCAAUGUCUGCUCUUGGUGCCGUCAAGACUCAGAAUGCUGACACAUUUACAAGUCUCUUCCCACCUGCGAAAAGCACUGAGUUAGUACGCCAGAAGAGUGUGCCAGUUGCAGAGAAGAGAAAACCAAAGCCAGAUAUAACUAAAAUUUUAGAGGAGCAUCAGUCGGAGGAUAGCAUCUCAGGGACGUCGGAGGAUAACAGUCUUCUUAGUGGACUCAAAGCGGCUAUGUAUUCACAGGACGAUUUGUUGAACAACGAUACUGUGACUUCUAUGCCAACAAGCCCAGGCACUCCAGGGGGAAAGAGGCAACGAGGGUUUGUGGGAGAAAACGAGAUAUCGAGUGGCUCGGAGUUGAACUCCAAAUCAUACCGGCUGAACAAUAACCAGUCCACUGGUCUUAUCCGCCACAUGAGCUUGCCAACAUCUGGAGAUGUGCCAAACAUGAGCCUUAACACUGAUGACCAUUACGUCCAGAUGCGAGCUCGGGCCAAGCGUGGAUGUGCCACCCACCCCAGGAGCAUAGCGGAGCGCGUGAGGCGGACUCGCAUCAGUGAGCGAAUGAAGAAAUUGCAGGACCUGGUGCCCAAUAUGGAAAAGACGACCAACACGGCUGAUAUGCUGGACGAAACUGUGGAGUAUGUGAAGUCGCUGCAAGUGAAAGUUUCCGAGCUCCAAGAGACGAUUGCGAAGCUCAAAGCUGCUAGCGCCACUCAAAUCACGAGCUCAUGAGUGGGACGACUGAUUUCUGCGUAUUUCUCGGCGUUUUGUAACAUAUCAUGAAUUCGACGUUACCAUUGAAAUCUGACUCACAUUCCAGGUUUGCGAAACUUGUACAGUCGAUCGGUAUUAAGUUUGGAGUUCGUUGGUGCCGUCCCCUCCGGUUGUAAAUGCACGGAUUGUUGGGUUGUAAAAGCAAAGCUUUUUCCCAUCCAGUCCGACUUUAUUUUUCCUGACCUUUCUCAAUGUGCUUAUUUUCUUUCUUUUAUUAUUUAGCUUGAUUUUCAAUCCAAGGAAUGCCGUGUGAAUUUAACAACUGUAUAUCAGUGUUGGUUAGUCUGAGAUUUGUGCUGUUUAAUUUCAUUUUUAAUUUUUCCAUUUUCA